UAUAGGAUUACGAAUUACGUUUCUAAUAUAAUGGCUUUAUCACGGUUUUUUGUUAUAUCAAGUGGUGGCGAUCGCAUACUGCUACGCUGUUUACGUGGCGAAGGUGAAGGAGGGUCAGCUGAAGAGUUCUAUAGCGCUGUGACGGAACACCAUGAAGGGAAUUUACCCCUUAUUCGAAUCGGUGAUGUAUUCUACUAUAGUUUGAAGAGAAAUGGGCUAUACUUUGUGGCAACCACUUCCUUUGCUGUGCCACCGUCUUAUAUGUUGGAACUUCUUAAUCGCAUUAUUGGUACAUUUAAAGAUUUUUGUGGUAUUCUGACCGAGGAAUCCUUAAGGCAGAAUUUCAUCUUGGCUUAUGAACUAUUAGAUGAGCUGCUUGACUUCGGUUAUGUGCAAUGCACCAACACUUCUCAGCUAAAACAGAAGGUUUACAACGUUGCUUUGGUUCCAAAGAUUCAUGCUCGGUCUAUGGCUCGACUAUCUUUGGGCACUAAUCCUAACCCUAAAACGGUUCCAAGUUCGGUAUCUCAGAGACCCAUAACAAAGGAAGGUGCCAGAUCUAACGAGAUAUUCGUUGAUGUAUUGGAGAAGGUUUCUGCUAUUUUGGGUGCUGACGACACUUACAAGAGUGUUACUGUAGAGGGGCAAAUUAGGAUGAAGAGCUUUUUAAGUGGAAAUCCCAUGGUCAGAGUAGCCCUUAACGAGGAUAUUGUGAUAAACAACCGGAGAUGCAAGGUACCCAACGUAGCCGUUCUGGAUUUUUGCAACUUCCACGAAUGCGUAGAUACUAGAGAGUUUGAGAAGGCUAGGCUGCUAUCACUUACUCCUUUGGAAGGCGAAUUUACUUUGAUGAGUUAUCGGAUUAGCGGUAAUGCAGUGAUACCAUUUAGAAUCAAAGCUGCUGUGGACAUAGAUGGUGAUGCGGCGACAAUCACCGUUAACGUCUUUUCUACGAUGCCAGAGCAUAUCAAUGCAUUUGUUAAGCUACACUGCCCACUUCCAUCUUGUACAACGGGUGCUACUCUUAGUACAGUCCCACAUGAUAACGGUCAGGCUACGGAGUACCGGCCGAAAGACCAGUCAAUUUCUUGGGAGGUGCGGAAAUAUAGGGGAUGUACUGGUUAUACACUCAGAGCAUCGGUUAACCUGGGUUCUCAUGGAUCAAAGAUAUCUAAGCGGGAGUUCGGCCCUCUCAACCUUACCUUCGAGGCCCCUCUAUUUAGCGUUUCGAAUGUGCGUGUAAGAUAUCUUGGAGUAUUGCAACCACCUUCAUCAGGGCCAUCAUAUCGCUGGGUGCGAUAUGUCACAUCGUCCCAAUCCUAUAUCUAUCGUUUUUGACAUGAGCUCGAUACAUCUGUCAGAGUUAUCUGCAUAAAUCAACCCCUGCAGUCCAUAUUAGCGAGAUAUGUUUAACAUAAUUUGUUAAGGUUUUUC